AUGCAGAUCCGAAGCGUUACCAUUACAGCCGUGUACUGUUCGGCUGUCCCACAAAUCGCGAAUGGAUUUGCGUCAUCGGCAACAAAUGUUUCUUACGGGGGAUCAGCUAAAUACACUUGUUACGAUGGUUUCGACUUCGCUAGCGGUAAAUCAACCGAGGAAAUUUUUUGCACCGAUGAAGGCCGCUGGACACUCGCUCCAUCGUGUAAAGGUAUUUAA